GCUUUACAGCAGUUGUGCUUUGCGUACCAGCCGGCAUGGAGGCCGAGGAAUCGGGGAAGGAAGCGGCGAAGCAGGAGCCGCUGGAAGGGGAAGACCAGAAACCGGGGCCGGAGGAAGAGCAGGAGGAUCCUGGAGAGGAGGCUUGCGUCGGCAAAAAGCGGGUGGUGCCGGGUAUUGUGUACUUGGGCCACAUCCCGCCGCGCUUUCGGCCCCUGCACGUGCGCAACCUUCUCAGCGCCUACGGCGAGGUUGGGCGCGUUUUCUUUCAGCCCGAGGACGGGUUUGUGCGGCGCAAGAAGAAGAAGGCGGCGGCUGCUGGGGCCACGGGAGGAAAGAAAGGGUCCAGGUACAGCAAGGACUACACUGAGGGCUGGGUGGAGUUCCGGGACAAGCGCGUGGCGAAGCGCGUGGCAGCCAGUCUACACAACACGCCCAUGGGUGCCCGAAGGCGCAGCCCCUUCCGCUAUGAUCUGUGGAAUCUUAAGUACCUGCAUCGGUUCACCUGGUCCCACCUCAGCGAGCACCUGGCCUUUGAGCGCCAGGUGCGCCGACAGCGCCUGAGAGCUGAGGUUGCUCAGGCUAAGCGUGAGACUGACUUUUAUCUUCGAAGUGUGGAGCGGGGACAACGCUUCCUCGCUGCUGAUGGUGACCCUGCCCGCCCCAAUGGCUCUUGGGCCUUUGCCCAGCGCCCCACUGAGCAGGAGCUGAGGGCCCGUCGUUUGGCCCGACCAGGAGGGCGUGAACGGGCUCGCCUGGCUACUGCCCAGGACCAGGCCCGCUCCAACCAAGGACUUCUUGCCAGGAUCUUUGGAGCUCCACCACCCUCGGAGGACAUGUAGGGACCUGCUGUGGCCAGGGACAAUUGAGGGUCAGGGAGGGUUCUCCCACCUCCUGGCCCUGCUUGUUUCUUUCCUACAUCACAGGAUAGUGAUAAUGAUUACCCAGGCGAACAUUUUACUGUUUCUCAAACCAGGAGUCUCUUGUGAAGGACCAAUCAUGAAAGUUGUGUGGUUCUUCUCAAUUCCUAUCAUGUCAGACUGAGUAUUAGUGUGAUUAUGAUUGUUA